AUGACGAACCAUUGUUGCUUUCGAUGUUCUAUAUCUUGUGAAGAUACACAAGAAGAAGACUACCUAUUCUUCGAUGAACAUUUUUUAAAAGAUUACAAUGAAGCUGAUGAUAAAAAAAUAAAUGAAGAAUGUAAUAAUAAAAAGAACCUCCCCAAUUUAGUGAACGAUAAGAAAAAAUUCUUACAAUAUAUACAAAAUCAAGCAGGUACUACAAACUGUCCCUUGAAAGAUAUAUAUAAAGAUAUAUAUAUGAAUUUUUACUUAUGCAAAAAAUGUUUUGGAUUACAUAAUAUAGAUAUAAUCUUAUUUUAUAAUGAAAAUAGCAAAUUUCAUCAUGAGCUUAUGAAAUAUGUAGACGAUAUACACAUUAUAAUAGAUGAAAAGAUUAAAAAUAAUGUUAUCAAUAAUAUGAAAUAUAUUAUCGAAUCUUAUACAAACAAUAUAGAUAUCAUAUUUUUUCUUCUUUAUUUAUAUGUAAACAAUAUAUUGAAUGGUACCCUCCUUUUUAAUAUACAAUCAUACAAUCAAUAUUAUAUUAAAAUAAAAAAGUUUAUCAUAUUACACAAUUUAAUAGACAGUCACCAACCAUAUUUAAAACAUAGAAUACAUAAAAUGUUCUCAUAUUUUCUGAUGUAUGUGUUCAUGUUCUUUUCUUAUAAUGACAUCUUUAAAACACUAAAACUUGACCAGGAUAAAAUAAAACUACUUAUUAUUUUGUAUGAAAAUGCAUCAUUGGUUUUUACAAAUGAAAAUAAUAAUAAUAAUAAAAUAUAUUAUAAUCAACAUGUAAACGAUCAAACCUUGGAUAAUAUAAAUUUUUUCAGUUCAAGUCAACGUGCAAAAGAUAGUUUUGUGUGUGAGCACAGAAAAGGAUAUAAUAAAAAAAGAAAAAAAAACAGUCAAAAUCAAAAUCAACAUCAAAAUCAAAAUCAAAGUCAACAUCAAAAUCAACAUCCAAAUCAACAUCAAAAUCAAUAUCCAAAUCAAUAUCAAUAUCAAAAUAUUUAUAAAUAUGAUGAAAAUAAUAUUAUAUGUACACAUAAUUACAAUAUUUAUCAUGAUAACCAUAAUUCAUGUAAGGAUGAAAUAGAAGGACUUAAUCAAAACUUUAAACAGAUGGAUGAUAGAGAACAAAGUUUGCUUAACAUAAAAACAUCAGAAAAUCCCACUCAGGGUAACGAACAAGAAAGACAAGUAUUCAAUGAAUGUAAAACUUAUCAUAUGUAUAUAUCAUUUCAUAAUUUAUGUAUUUGCGGAUAUUAUAAUAAAUAUAAUAAGGAAAUAUCUCAAACGGAAUGGUUAAUAAAUAAUAUAUCUAAUAGCGUAUUGUCAAUCGAAGAAUGUAUUUCCCAUAUUUUCAAUAAUAUUUUUUCUUUUUCGACCGCUACAUUUAUUGGUUCAGGUCGAGAAGAUAAAGAUGCACGCAUGAUGAAUAUAGGAAGACCAUUCGUCUAUGUUUUAAAAGACACGAAAUUCUCUUUUUUAAAUUUUUAUUUAUUUUUUUGUAAUUUGUCAAAUAAACAAAACGGAAUAAAAAAUUAUAAUUCAAUCAAUAUAAAAACCAUACAAGAAUAUAACCAAUUUCUUAUAGAAGAAAAAAAAAAAAAAGAAAAAAAAAAAGAAUACGAACAUAUUUUAAAAAACGAUAAACAAAAAAAUAUAAUCCUAUCAUAUGAUAAUAACAAUUGUAAUGAUCAUCAAAAUGAUCCUAACAAAAAUAAAAAUGUACAAUAUAAUGAUAUAUAUCCAUUAAUUAAAGAAAAAAAAGAAAAUAAUUCAUUAUCCAUUUUAGAUAUGAAAAAAAAUAUUUUUAUGAAAAUAUUUUUACAUGUGCAAAAUUCAAAACAAAUAUCACAUAAUCAUAACAUAGAAGAUAUGUCAAAAGAUACAAUUCAUAAUACAUAUAAUUUAAAUAAUUUUUUUAAAUUACCACUGUCUUAUAGUUUUAACAAAGAAUUAGAAGUCCUUUUUUCAAAGGUAUUCUCUUUUAAUUUUUGUUCAAAUUAUAUUUAUUCUUUAAAUAUUACAAACGAUUCUGAAACGCCUAUGCUUACCGAUAUAAAAAAAAAAAAAAAAGAAAAAGAACAAAUUAAUAAUGAACAUAAAGACAACAACAACAAUAUAUAUAAUAAUUCUUAUAACAUUGAACAUUUUGCUGAAAUAAAAUUAAACAAUUUAAGUUUUAGUACCAAUUAUCCUUUAGUAAAAAAACUUAUGAAAUAUGGAGAAGAAAGAAAAAAAGAAUAUAAAUGUAUCAUCUACCAUUCUUCUAAAAUGAAUAAAGACACUAUACAAAAAAUUAAUGAUCAAAUAUGUAAUCAUGAACCACAAACAUUAACAUAUGUCUUAAAAAUUAUUCAAAAAACACCAAUUAGAGUUCUUCAUAGAAGGUCACUAAUAAGUAGAGAAAGAAAAAUUUUCCAAAUCAAAUUAAUUUAUCUACAUAAACAUUUUUCUUUGUUAUAUUUAUUAGCUGAAUCAGGACUCUAUAUUAAAGAAUUUGUAAAUGGUGAUAAGGGAAGAACUAUACCAAAUUUAAAACAAUUUUUUGGAGAUGAUACAUAUGUUAAUAUUUUAAAUCUCGACGUAGCAACAUUAGUAUAUGAUUGA